UUAGUGAACGUAACAUCAGGCUAUCUAUGUGAAAUGGUAUUUAUAUGGACAUGUUAGGACACUCCAUUAUCUGUCCAAAUUAUUCCUGGUGAUAUUAACACAUUGUAAUACUUUGGUAUUUAUCAACAUUAUUUUAUGAUUGUUUACCUGUGAAGAAUAUUGGCCGUUAUUCUACCUUUGUUCUGGUGCCAUUGGAAUGUAAUCUAAUUAUAACACCUAGAUGUAAUCAGAUUCAUCUUGUAAAAAGAGAUACACUGGAUUGUCAAGAAACUGGAUUUGGAUACUAAAUAAGCACUGGUUACAAACCGCUACAGCAUUUACACUGGAAUUUGUGCGAUUGAAAUUCAGAUUUACAGAAACUUGGUGCACUAAGGUCCUAUAAUCGUUGGACAUCACUGUUUGUUAAACAUUUUAAAUCAUGCUGUUGUUUCAGUUUGUUUAUAGAUGUUGUUAAAGAUACAUUUGUUUUAUUUAUAAAUUUAAAAUGACUGGGUGGUAAGAUGAGAGAAGAAGAAUUCGAAACGGCUAUCAAAGUAGUUGUCGUGGGGAAUGGGGCUGUGGGGAAAUCUAGUAUGAUUCAGCGUUAUUGUAAAGGAAUAUUUACAAAGGAUUAUAAGAAAACAAUUGGAGUGGAUUUUCUAGAGAGACAAAUAGAAGUUAACACUGAAGAUGUCCGCUUGAUGUUAUGGGACACUGCUGGACAAGAAGAAUUUGAUGCCAUUACAAAGGCUUAUUACAGAGGUGCUCAGGCAUGUGUGUUGGCAUUUUCCACUGUAGACAGGGAGUCUUUUGAAGCUGUCGAAUCAUGGAAGAAAAAGGUUGAAGAUGAAGUAGGAGAGAUUGGUAUGGUCAUUGUACAGAAUAAAAUUGAUCUCAUAGAUGAUGCUGUUGUAGAACCAGAAGAAGCAGAGGAUCUUGCCAAACGAUUAAGAUUAAGGUUUUAUAGAACCUCCGUUAAAGACAACUUAAAUGUAGAGGAAGUGUUUAGAUAUUUAUCAGAAAAAUACUUAGAACAGAUUAAUGAAGUUGAAGAGGAGGAAGAGUAUAUGCCAAAAACUAUAGGGACAAGUUUAAUGGACUCUGAACCCAUAAACAAUAGUAAAGAUAACCAUGUGAAAGAAAAAAAUGGUACAAAAAAUAAUAAACAUAAGUACAGAAAUCAUCACGAUGAUGGAGCAAUCAAAUUAGAACCUAGUAAACGACGGACAAAAGGCAAAAAAUCUGUUGUUAAAGAUAAAUGUGUAAUAUUAUAGCCUUUAGUAGAAUGUGAAAUUAUUGUCCAAUAUAUAAUUAGUGCUGUUCCUGACAACAGUAAAUAUCCAACCAUGGAUAUUAAAGAUAUGGAAAGACCUGACGAAUUGAAAAUACUACUAAAAGACAGUUUGGUUAUGAAUCAUUAUUUACAUUAAUCAGAGAAUUUCAGAAAAGCAGAAUCAUAUUUUACUGGGUGUGCGUCAUAUCUAAAAUAUUGUGAAAAAAAGAAUAUUGUGAUAUUUUAUAUUAUGCAGCUUUUUCUGUCUCUUAUGUUUUUUUUAUCCCAGAUUUUAGAAUGCAACUAUAAUUUGUAAUAUUAUGCAACUUUUUUUAAAACACAAGAAUAUUUAUUUUUUAUUCAUCUUCCUGUUACCUAUUUAAUACAAUAACUGGAUUAUAAAUUUUAUUUGAUGUAUAAGUAUGUGCCAAUUUUUACCAAUAUUAUUCUAUAAAUAUUUUAGAAUCUUAAAAUUUUGUAGGUCCUACCUACGCUAAGGGUUUCUAUGUAAGUAAAUAUUUAUUCUCUCUCAUAAGUUUCAUGAAAUUGAGCAAAUUAAAAUUUAAGCACAACCAUGUAUAUAGAGUGUUUAUUUUGCUUUUUAGAGGGCCAAAAUUAUAUUUUUUAUAGAUGGACACAAUGUAGUAGUCAUUCUAAUUUCCUUUAAAAGUAAUUAAAUAUAACUUCCCUUUGCUUGGAUUUGCAAGCAAUGGGUUUCAACAAGUGCUCUUUUUGCACAGUUUCAGUUUAAAGAUAUUUUUCUUUGUUUUUUUGGGAACGAUCUCUUUUUUUUAGAGAAGAUUGUGUACAACAUUUUUGAGCAGAUUCUUGCUGUUGUGAAUGUUGAUUUGUCCAUUACAAUUUCUUUGUUUUAUAAAGUUAUUAGCUUCAAGUAUGGCCAUUUCCUAAAAUAGAAAAUAGAUAUGUAUGUAUUUUAAAUAAGAAAUAUAAAAAAUAUAUAAUAAGGUAUAAUAAUAUUGGUAGAGAAAUUUGAUAAUAUGCUCUACAUACAUUAUAAGGAUACUUUCUCAUAUGGGAGAUAACUCUGGUACAAAAAAAAUGUAGCUCAUACAAAAUUUCACACCAAAAGAGCCAGUAGUUUUUUGCAAACAAUGGUUAUAAAUUUGAAGAGUUAAUCAGAAAAUAAAUAUAAGUUGAACAAAACAGUGAACAGAAAAAGAAAACACAGACAUGCAAUAACAUGUUUGCAACUGCUAUUAAAAUUGCCAAAGUUAUUGAUACCAAACGUUACUUUUAAGAAUAGAAUUAAGCUUUAUGUAAUGAUUUAAAUUUUGUUUAUGCAAUCCAGUUAUUUCUUUCAUAAUAUUUAAAUAUUAAGCACCAACUAAAAUGUUUUUGGUACAAACAUGCAUGGAAGUGAUGGGUGAAAGUGCAUGAUUUCAAGAAUUACAAAAUAUUGAAUUUUUCCUGAUUUCCUGAAAUUUGUCACUUUUAAAGAUGCAUAUAGGAAAAAUCAACAGAAGAAACAAUUUUAGAUAUUUCCCAGUUGCACAUGUUUUGUUCAAAAGGUGCUUAAACAUGUUAUAUCAGGUGUCAUGUACCUUUUAAUUGGAAAAGUUCUAAUCUGUUUUGAAAUGUUUUUGUAACAAAUAUCCGUAUUGAUGAUUUUGACUUUAAAAUCAAAUGAAUAUAAAUUGUUGCAUCUGCAAUCUGAAUAUGCAAGAAAUCAUUUGUCAUUCUGCACAUUUUAUGUUUUAAUCGUGACCUAUUCUUUUGUGAAGUGUAACUAGAUUUCCAUACGUUUUAAUGAGUGUAUUGAUUGUAUAAGGUUGUGCAAUAUUUUAAUUCUAUAUUCACAUUUGAUAGGGUAGUUUGAUCAUAUAUUAAUGUGAUUGUGACAUAAAAGUAGUUUUCCUUUAAAGAAUUGUGUAAAUAUUGUAAUGCCCUUAAUCAGUAUGAUUUUCCAUGGUUACUUGCAUUUAGUGUUUUGACUAAUUUCAUUACUCCAGACCUCAUAUACAUUUAGCUUAGUUGACAUGACCAAAACGUUUGGCAGAAUUAAUUUGGGGUAAAGUUUUAUAUGUAAUAUAUUGAGUUAGAAACUCAAAUCAGGUGGAAUAUAUGUUAUUUUUAUCCAGUAAAAUCAACUAAAAUAUUAUAUUAUUCUGAAUUACCAACAUUAAGGACUUAAUGAAUUUCACUUUAUUUUUGAACAAAUUUUAAUAAGAUUUCCUUUUAGAAACACAUGUAAUAUCAUAUUCACCAGUACAACACAUGUGACAGAUGAAAAAUUAUAUCAGAAAACUUGUCUGUUUUCAGUGCUCCAGCUAGAUUCUCAUGACUGAAGAGUUUCCACAGAAAGUUGCACUAUAGGGUGGUAAUAAUCUAAAUUUUAGCAAAACUAUCAAGAUUAUAUGAUGUUUAUUUUUAAGUUAUUGGCUGUUUGUCCUUUUCUUUUACAAAGCUGAUUCUGUCCUGUGACUUAACAAAUAUAGCUGUGUAUACUUUUUUCACUUUUUUCGAUUUCUAUUUUUUUUCAGUAGUUUUCUUUGCAUGAUUCUGUACAGUAUUUUAGAUUUUUUUCUUUGAAACUUUUAAACAAAAAGGGGAGGUAUGAAAAUAGUUAAAAUUUCCUUGUUGAGGAAAAAACAAUCAUGGCAUCAUUUACUGAAUAUUGACAUAAUCUUUCAUAAACAGUGAUCUUUUCUGUGUAAAUCAUAGGUCAUAUUCUAUGAAAUCAUUUAGAGGUCUGUCUGACAGUGGUAAUCCAACUGUUACCUAAUUUUCAUUGAAUUUAAUCAAAAUUGUGUUUUUGUUAUUAAGUGAGCUUUUCUGUAUGUGAUGGGUAACCUUUAAUUUGUGUAUCAAAGUUGCAAAUGUUGUGAGACCUUGAUCUCAUACUGGAAUAACAUAUUCCAUAAUAAUCAUUUGAUUCAGGCCAAACAUGUCUACUCCCACUCCACUGGUCUCAUUUAGAAGGAAUCAUAAAAGUCAAUACACAAAAAUAAAGUAUUACAUUUUCUGAUUCCCAAUCAGUUUUAAUGGUUGUAUCAAGCAGAAAAAAUUAAACCAAAUGUUUUGAAAUGAACCAAAAAGAAAAAAAUAGCUUUUAUCUUUUGAUGUUGUUGGAAGGCUUCCUCGAAAAUAUUUGAAAAAAGCAUUCCAAGAUAAAAUAUAAGGACUAAUAUCUAGUAUUGGUAGUACAGAUAUUCUUAUAGAAAGAGAAAAUGAAAAGAUAUAAAGCAAGCAAUCGAACUAGUAUGUGUGCUUUGUUAUCUGUUUUUAUAGGUUCAAGAAUAGAAAUAAUCAUACCACAACUCCUAGUUUCUAUAUUCUGUUGGAGAGGAGAAUUAAUAGAUUAAACUGCUGAAAUAAAAAUAGAUGUAUAAUUUGAUUUUGACUGGUGCUAUAGCAUGUAGAGUAUUGCAUUUGAUAUCAAUUGUUUUAUAUUGUGGUGUAUUUAUCUGUAGGCUUGAGUGGUAUGCUUUAUCUUCAUAUGGAGAACAGUAACAGGGGCAUACAAUAUUUUCCUAUUGGGAAUAUCAUUUCAAUACCUACAAGAGGUCAUGACUUGAACAUUUUUAUGUAUAUUGGAAUUUGAUCACUCAAUUUCGUUAUAGGAAAAAUUAUAUUAGAGGAUAAGACCUACAAUAUUAAAGUUAACUUAAUGUUUAUAUCAGGCAAUUUAAUUUCAAAGGUGGUGUACUACUUUUGAAGUUAAGUUCUGAAACCUUUGCAACAAAACAACGUCAGAUUGCUGACACAGACCUGUUAGAAAAAGAAAAUGGUGGAUGUUCCCUGAAUUCAUAUUUAUUCUUGUUAAAAAAAGUGGCUGCAUAAGCAAUUUCGAGGAAAAGAGAUCAUAUGUCUUUGUGAUAUAAUUUUCAUCUAUGAAAUGUGAAGUUAUUUUUUCUGUCUACAGGUUUAUCAGUUGUACAGAUAGAAAUGGAAUCUGUUUUAUAUUAAUACACAUAUCAAAUCUUUUUAAAAAUGGACCAGGUUGUUUGAUAUUCUCUUGUUUUACACAGGGUUUAGUUAAAAAAAAAUGCUGUCUCUAUAUUUUAUAUAAUUUAUAACAUGUUUCAAAAAGUUUUUUACACAAAUUUUUCAUAGUCAUAAGUUUUUAUAUCAUGUACAGAUCUGUGUGACAAUAAUAGAUCUGUUAAUUUUUUAUUUGUACUAGAACAGUUACUGUACUUCUAAAGUACAUGUUAAUGAGUGAUUUACAUGUUCAUAUAUACAUUAAAUAAUUUGCAAAGAA